AAUUAAUCCACCCAACAAAAUUACCAGUCCAGUUCAUAGCAAGUUCAAAAUAAGCUGCGAUCAGACUCAUUAAUUUAUUUCAAAUUGAAUAGGUAGUGCUCAAUAAUCCAUAAUAAUCCAUCUGAAAGGUGUGGGUUCCUUCAUGCUUGCUACUCGCUACCUGCUCUUCACAGGCACAUGGCAUUGAAAGGAACAGGAUGGAUCUUCUGGGAUCUAUAAUGAGUAAAAUGGAGAAGCCUCCAACAACAACUACACAGGCACAGCGAGAUGCAAAAAAGAAGCACCUGGAAGAGGCAAAGAAAAUGAAGGAAAGAGAAAAGGACAUGCUUUUGAAGUUUAGGCAGCAGGCUGAAGAAGAGAUACAGAAGUUUAUGAAAGAUAAUGCUCUUCAAAAGAAACCACUGGCACCUAUGAAUGAAGUACAAAGAAGCAUUGUUCAUGACGUGGCUGAGGUGGCCGGAAUCGUAUGCCACGCCUUCGGAGAGGAGGGUGUCGACCGGCACAUCAUGCUGUUCAAGAAGGAGUACGAGCUGACGCAGGAAGAGCUAGCGGCGCUGCGCAGGGGCGAGGAAUACGACCCCCUGCGUGCCAAGGAGCAGGCUUUCCAGCGAGACCUGGCGGAGCGUCUAGCCGAGCAGGAGCAGCGUCAAAAGCGGCCGAAGAAGGGCUCCGAGCCGCCGGCCGCCUUCCUACAGAAGCGGCAGCACCUCUUCGCGGACGACGCGGCUAAGCGUGCCGAUGUCAACUCCUCGUUUGGCGUCGUGGCCAGCCACCUAAAGACGGACAAACGCUCUAUCGAGGAGACCCUAGCCGAUAUCCGGGCCAAGAAACGGCGUCAGAAGGAUGACGACGACGCCUGCGCCAGUGGCAGCUAGUAUCCCGCCCGCCGGAGCUGUUUGUGAACCAUCCACCGGUCCCGCUGCCGAGUGACGUCAUCACCGGCGACUGGGUGACGUCAUCACCGGCAGCUGGGUGUGUGUUACGGUGCUGGACGUUUGGUGUGUCCUGUCACCGAGCGGCCGGGCGCCUCAGAUAUAUGGUGCUAGACAGCGGUGUUGAGGUGUCGGCUCGUGCCGAAGUGCGGGUUUUUGAAGGUACGCGCUGCGAGGCGACUCGCACUUGGUGUUUUGAGGACGAGGGAAGUGUGUGCCGCAAUAUCUCUCAGGCCCUCGCCGGUAUUUGGUGGCCGGAGAGCAACCACGAUUUCAUCUGUGAAUACGCGACAUUGGCCGAUUGCAUGGGUAUUGUUGGUCAUCGAACAUCGUAAUAAAUGCUCACCAAUGAUUCUUC